AUGCAGGCUUCUACGAUCGAAACCCAGGCUCCUUCGAGGCCUUCGUUCAUCUCUUCAAAAGUAAAACCUCAAAGCGACGGCAAACAUCCAAGAUAUUUUGCAUUCACGGAGAAAGAUUUGUAUAACUGCUUGCAUCAGAAGAGUGGAAAUGUGGAACCAAUUGAUUCUGAAGAAGCCAGAGGCAAGAAGCUGGAAGACAAUAGCUUGCGAAAGGACACACGUUCUUCAUGUAAGUGAGAGCAUAUCUUUUUCUUUUACAGAAGUUUGGUUGGUUUCGUGUUCGGUUGUGAGUUUUAAAAUUACGAGAACGUGAAUUGCAAAAGAACCUCACACCAAGAGAAGAGUGUUGUUUCUGAUUUGUAAUACUGUAUAGCUUUCAUUUCAAAAGACUGGGAAUACUAAGGUACAAAUCAGUGCCAUGUUGUACAGCCAUUUCUAUUGAACAGCAGCUUCAAUAAAUUCCAUCCACAAAAGCAAAGGCAGAGUAGUACAGCAUAAUAAACAGCACCACGCACCACAGUAGAGCACUAGCCGGUUUCAGUUUAAAAGGUCACACUAUAGCACAGACUUAAAAGUUACAGCCACAUUAAAAAUAGGCUACUGAAAAUUACAAGAGAAUGGGAGUAGCAAUACAGCGCGACCAAAAACUUGGCCCUGCCCCGCAAAGCAAGCAGAAAGGUCGUUUGAAAAUGUAAGGGAAUGCGGUAUGGCGCGCACUGAGAUUUACUAUAUUGCGCGAGCUUUUUUUCAAAGCAGAAUAUAUUGCCUAAUAUCGGAAAGUUUAUUAUUGAUUAAGAAGAAGCAGUGCGAUGAUAUUUGUCACAGUAAGCUCUCAGGAGCUUGUCACUCAAAAAAAUGCAUAAGGGAAUAUAUUGCUUUGAGAAAAUUCAUAAAUUGAUUUAGUCAGGAAGAGACAGGUGAUUGAGUUUAAUGUUUCCCUUUGCUUUAUCAUAGUCUGUAGAACCUGCAACAAAGUGUACGCGAUCUGCUGUCCAAUACACCCAUCUUACAAAUCCACCGAUUCUGACUCCAACCUGGACUGGGACAGCUAUGCCAUCAAGUCGUUCCCGGAUGUGGUUCAACUGUGCAAGUCCAGCGUGCCUGGAAAGACCUACGGAGUGUGCGCAAGACAGCACAUCCCGGUGGGUACAUGGAUUGGUCCUUAUGAGGGAAGAAGGGUCGCACCAGAAGCUAUCAAGCCUGACAUGGACUCUGACUAUUUGUGGGAGGUGAGAGUUACUUGGAGCGUUAAGAUACUCUAAGAGCCCAUUUCCUCAGAUUCAUGACUUCGUCAAAAAAACUCUCAAUAAAUCAAAACGUAAAGGUAGUGCAAGCAAUAGGGGACGACUGACAUCAUCAAAGUGUUUGAACCUUGAAAGCGACGACCAAAUAGACUUUUUCUUUGAAUCUAAUUACCGUACUUGUUCCACUUUGUUAGUCUAAAAGAUAAUGGAAACUGUCGAGUCAUGGACCCCUAGAUCCUUAGAAAAUGGAAGAAUUCAAUCUACUCACAUUAGCUUCUUUUACUGAAAUUUCGCUUUGCAAAUUUUCGGCAAAAUAUCUAUUGCCCGCCUAUAACCACAAAAUGUCAAGUGACAAACAUGAUUACUGAUGAAACUUCCAGCCUUCACUUUACUCCUAUGCUUAAUAACAGUUUACGACGUUAUUAAAAACAUUGUCGCCCUUUCAAUUCAGAUCUACAAAGAUGGAAGGCUCAUGUACUAUCUCGAUGCUACCGACGAAGAAUCUUCUAGCUGGAUGAGGUUCAUAAAGUGUGCACGCCAUAGAAACGAACAAAACCUGUUUGCCUUCCAGUACUGUGGUAACAUUUACUAUCGAGCAUUCAAAGAGAUUCCUAUAGGAACAGAACUGCUGGUGUGGUACGAGGAUAUCUACCCACAAUACUUCGGCAUCCCCAUCAGCAUACAUGACUUAAACUCAAUGGGUGAGUCAGCUGAGCUUAGAUGUUUCUUCACGGCUGAUGCGCAGACAGUAGUUCACGUUCGAACCCCUUGACUACUACUGCAAUUUUUUCUGAGCCAAAUGUUGCAUAACAACCUUCUGAGUAAACAGUAUUGAGAAGUAAUAAUCGCAAUACUGUUCCACUGAGUGUGACUAUUUAAAGGAAGGCUCCAUGCGAUACUUAUCCAGGCGCUUUUUAUCUAUAUGUAGUACAAAGUGGAUAUGUGUCCGAAAAUUCUAAAGGCUCUGUAAUUCUUAUUGAGAUCCACCCCAGAAAAUUAAAACAAUAUUUUUAUUCACGUUUUUUUUUCUCUAGGUUCGAGGUCUUACCCAGUUGUAGAAGCUUCAUAUCAAGACGGUCAAAAGGUCUCUUCAAUGACUACUCCAAUUUCAGUCACUGCAACAGAGGCAACCCAACAUACCUCAGCACCGAGCCAUAGAAAGUCACCCCACCACGCACCAGUCUCCCCGAAACAAAGAUCCCGGCUGUCUCCUGGCCUGACGGAAAGAGAAAUCUACGCAAGGAAACAGACACAACAGGAAACGACGUUCAAAAGAAAACACGAGGAGAACGACUCCACUGGUAUUCCGAAAAAGUUCAAAUCACAGCAGUCUUCUAAGAAUAUGACAGAUGGUCAUAAGGAGAUGCUGCUGCAGUUAGAGGAAGCGCGACUCAAAGACAAAAAAGAUCUGCCCUGUGAAUGGCCUCGUGUAGCGGAUGGGGAAUUUAUCUUGGAGAACGGCGAACCAAAAAUAUGGCAUUGUGGUCAGUGUGACAAAUCGUUCGCUCAGCGUGGUCUGCUUCAAAUGCACAGUUGCUCAAAGAAUACAAAAAGACCUUACCAGUGUGGCCAUUGUGCUCAGGAGUUUGCACACCCCAAUGAGCUGCGUACGCAUGCUGUCAUUCACUCAGGGAAAAAGCCAUUUAAAUGCGGAUUCUGUGCGCGCACCUUUGCAGGAGCCACGACUCUAAAUAAUCACGUGCGCACGCAUACAGGAGAGAGACCUUUUUCGUGUAACAAAUGCCACAGAUCAUUUUCACAGGCAUCCCAACUCAGCAAGCAUAAGAGAUCUCUCUAUGACUGUUUCGCUUGAGAAUUUAAAGUUUUCGUUUGUUUUGUAACAUUUUCGUACAUAAGUACAUUUUCAUUGGCUAGUCUAGGGAUCCCCUUCAUUACCUGUAUAUAAAACAGUUUCCCUAAAAGUUGAAAAUUUGUGUUAAUAGUUUCAUCUAUGGGUACGUAAACUGAAGGCUGAGAUCUGAAAUCAAGCUAAUUGAUAUUUGAAAAAUAAGCUGAAAGGUUUCCGCGUAAAAAAAAGCCAACACUGUUCACAAAGUCCUCGGGCAAAGUGCCUUAGUAGGUUAGUCGCUAGGCAAUAAUUUGAAAACACCCCAUUUUCAUGUAACUAGGCCAGAAUUCGGCGGUGCCGGAGUACAAGGUCUCGGCCUAAUAUACAUUUUAGUUUUGUAUUAGUUCUUGACAAUCCGCUGCUUUGUCUGCCCAUACCUCCCUGCUAAGCUCACGUUCCAAAAUGGAGUCUAACGGCCCGAAAUGCAGUAAAUAUGCCGUUACAGUUACAUAUCGGGUCAAAGAGUAAACACAACACCAAUUUGUUCAGGUACCCGGGCACUAGUACUCGGGCAUCAAGUUUGACCGAACAUAGACUGACUUAAGAUUCCAGCACUACAAUCUAUUGUACGCCCGCGCCCUUGUAUAGAGCAGCAUUGUACAGAACUGUCUUCAAAAAACACCGUCAAAGUCGAAACUUAAAUCUUAUAAGUUUGACUCUUUUUUCUCAGUUUACGGAAGUGUUACUUGCGCAGGUCUCUUUGAACGUAUCGUGUCUAAAAGGCGUUAUAAUUUCUUUCAGUUUUAAGAACAAAAUAUUUUAUAAAUGGUUAACAAAGUUUACGACGCAUUCGUUCAUUAAGUAGCUAGUAUUUUUAAGUUUCGAAAGAAACAGAAUGAUCAUUCGUGUUUAAUAACCAUGAGUUUUGCCUGCAAUGCUACCGGGUUAUAAGCUCACAAUUAUGUAUUUUUUGUUGGCUUGCGGAGCUUAAUAGUAAAAGACACUUUUUUCGUCUGUAGUUUAAAACACGCUUUGUCUGCAUUAGCCAUAAAACUAAAUUACAUACUCGACAUUGUUUAGAUUUAAAUAAAGCCGGAGUGAAAAGAAGCAUUAUUUAAUUUACAAAUAGUAAACGUACAUGUAUAGUAGAUUGUAUAAUUAUCAUCUACGAAAACCGACACUUGACAGUGUCUCAAAGGCAAGGAUUGAAGUAUAUAUUUAUAGAUGUGUUUAUAUUUGGAUAUUUGAAACCCAUAGUGCCUUUCAAAAAGGUUCAUUCACCCAGCGUCACAUUAGUUUUAAUAAUGUGCACUUUCAUGAAGAUUAUUUUGAGCUUGUAAGAUAUCUCUAGCCGUGUUUUAUUAAAAUAUUAAUUGUUGUUUUUGACGACAGAGCUUAC